AUGAGGAUGGACGAGACAACUACCAUCACGGCUCUUGGAGAAGGAAAACACUACAAAUUCCUGGGGGUGCUAGAGAACGUUCGACAGGAUGAACGGCUGGCCCUAGCGUGUGGGGCUAAAGAGUAUCUACGCAGGAUAUCUAUUAUAUGGUCCAGCCCCCUGUCUGAUUGUAACCGUGUGCAGGCAGCUAAUAAGUAUGCACUCCCGGUUCUGCGGUACUUAAUGUGGACACAGCAUUGGCCUCUAUCAGAGUUAAGAGAUGUGGACAGAGCAGCUCGGAAGAUCAUAGUUGAGAACGGUGGCAAGCACCCAGCUAGCCUAACUUCUUUGUUAUAUCUACCGAGGGAGAAAGGGGGUAGAGGCCUGCGAUCAGUCGAACACGAGUACAAGAUCACUAAAAUCAAAUCGCUACUGAAAUUGUAUCAGAACUCGGACCAGAAUAUGGAAGCAGUUAGAGAAUUUGAAGAACACGCCAUGGCAUCAGGCCACCAGUCGCUCGUAAAGGAAGCAGCUAAGUACGCUGAAGAACUCAACAUCACACUUCAGCUUGAUACCCUAAAUCCCGUGUGUGUUACAACAGAAGGAAAGGUGGUAACUGCAGCAAGA